UUUGCCAUGGAUGAAGCCGGCCACCAUGAAAUUUCGUAUCGUCUUCAACAUCAAAGCUCGCCAUCGCCAUAAAUACAUCUUUCACGCGUAUUCAUGACGACUGCUUGCAAACUUGCUUUCGGAAAUUUACAAUUUAAUAAUCGAUUGUUUUUGAGAAAAAAUCGAUCGCGCCGAUAUGACUUGAUAAUAUAACAGAUAUAACCGAGACGUCUCUGUCUAUCGCGAAAAUCACUGAUAAGUCUUGAAGAAAAAUUUGCAAUUUUUUCUGAAAGCGCGUACAUCAAAAUGCGCGCAAAACAUUUUUGAUGUCACACGUCGAGGAUGAGGAAUCCGAAAAUGGCAGCGGACGUACGAACGACAUAGUGGCAAACGAACCUGAUAAAUCUGUUACGAAAGUAAGCUCGAGAAAUCCCUUGAAGGAAGAAAUUCGGGUGUGGCUCAAAACAAACCAUAUAUUGGAUAACGCGGAAUCUAAAUCCAAUGUCGAAACAGAUGAGAAAAAUGAGAAAUGCCUCGAUACGAAAUCACGAGAUAAGGACGAUGCGUGCGUUGCCUCCGGCGAUAUUUGUAGAAUCUGUCAUAUGGGCGAAUAUGCCGCAAUCACGGAAAAUCAUUCGUCAUGCGAUUUGCAAAAUCAGACAGAUCGGUCAUCGGCACCGCCAAACUUGACCUAUCUCGGUCCUUUGAUCUCGGCCUGCAAAUGCCGAGGUACAGUAGCUCUGGUGCACGCCGAGUGUCUCGAGAGAUGGCUAACCGAAUCCGGUCGUGCAAGAUGCGAGCUUUGCGGCUACAGAUACGCGACGAAGAGGGUACGUCGUUACAGCCUUUUUCGAAGUGUCUUAAUAUGGUUCCACACCGUACUAGCUACUCGACAAAUGUUGCUCGAUAUCGGGUACUUGGUGAUGACCACGCCCGUGGCUGCAUUUUCCUGCUACGUAUGCGCCUUGGCCUUGAAGACAUUGCUGCGAAACGGCUUUUACGAGAUACCGUGGAUGAUAGUCGCCAUGUUACCAACCUGCUUAUUGACGCUGAUAGCUUAUUGGCGAUGGAUAAUUACGUUAGGGAGAUUGCACGGUCAUCGAUGGAGACGCUACUGGAGAAGCAACUUUGUGAUUCGUUUGAUUCCCGAUAACAACCUCGAGGACGGUGUUGAUCUGCGAGAACAAUCGGACGAUCAUUUUGACAUGGAGGAUUUCGAAUGGAGGCUCGAGGAGAUCGAAGAGUUCGCAUGAUUCUCUCGCGAUGUGAUACUCAACCGACUUGCAAUCGUGACAUCUAAUUGCACGACAACCUUUUUCUAUUUUUAUUCAUGUCUCCCUGUCAGAAUCUUCAUACAGCUGCACGAUAUUUAAUUGCAUGUUAUUAACUCGACAUUUUAAUUGAAACUCAUUGUCGCGUAACAAAGUAAAGUCGUCGCAUCAGAGGCAAAUUAAGCUUCGCCCGAUGCUUCCGGAGAAAAGUGUGAUUUGUCUGGAUUUUAUAUCAUUUUUUAAAAAACUCUGUAUUUUUUUACAACUUUUUCGAACGUUUGAUUAAAGUAACUGAAAUAUUAUUCAAA